AUGCGCUUCGGCUUAUAUGAUAAUGAAUCUGAGAAUUUAACAACGGAUAGUGGAAAAGCCGAAAGAAUAAAAGACAUUACCUAUCUAAUGAAUAACCUGCAGGCAGAUUUUUAUCGCUCUGAUGCAACAGCUGGUCCUGUAGCCAGUGGAAGUUAUGGUCCGCAACAUCGGGCAAAAUAUCCAUCAGAUAUUGGAUACUGGUCGAUAAAAGGAUUUUACGACGUGAUAGAUACUUUAUAUAAUACUGGUCCUGGUUUUUCAUGGGAGAACUGGUCCCUUGGUGGUGGACUAAAAGCUUUUGGCGCGGUAAGAAGAUGUGCGCAGAUCCCGAACCAGGAUGUUCGUUACCCCC